AUGGCGGAAGACGGUGGAAAAGCUGCAUUUUUGGAGAGAAUAGGCCGAGCAGUGAAGCAGGCCCAGAUAGAGAAAGACAUGCCUUUGGAGGCGUCCGUGCAUGACGAAAUAUUUGCGCAGAUACAGUCCCCGCUGUACCGCGGAAACAGCACUACAGUUGAUCUGUUGGGGGUUCUUGCAAGCUCAAAGACAAAAAUCCAGUGGAUCCUAGAGAGCAAAAUAGAUCUGCUUGAGAGCGUGGUGAUUAUUUUGAAGAAGGUCUCUUUUGUGUCGCACGUUCUUCUAUUUCGGGUCAAAGAAGUGUGCACAGCUAUCCUUAAAAAAAGAAAAGAAAGCACAUGCCAGGAAGAAAUUGCCUCUCUUCUGCUUUGGAUAAUGCGCAUUGCCAACGAAAUUCCAAACGAAGAAUACUUCCGAGAAGCAGAAAAGUCCGCUAUUUCAGAGCUCAGGCAGAUUCUGGGCGUGCAGUGGGAGUACACUGGCGUCCUUGGGCGCACGGUGAAGGAGCAGAGCCUUACACACCCAGUUCUUGUGCUGAGCAUAACGUCGCACACCCCUGAGGAUCUGGCAGAGUCCCCGCUGCAGGAGAUAGAAAGCCGCAUUGAUUCAUCGGACAGGUACUACAUAUUCCCGCAGGCAAGGGAGGUUAAGUACUGCCUAACGUGCAGCCAGAAGGAUCUGCUGUACUUGUGUGCCAAGCACCUGCUUUUGCUUGGAACUCAGACAGCCCGAGGCGAGGCAGGGGCAAUUGCGAGGGCGCUUCUCCUGGAGGGGUACACAGGGGACGCGCUUCUUGUAUACGCUGAAAGUUUGGAGGGCAGAAAUGUAGCCGUGCUCUCCCUCAUUGAAAGCGCAAUAACCCCAAACAUCCCCAUGAAAGAGAAAGAGCACGAACUUCUGUGGGCGCGGGCGCUUACUGCAACAGCCUCGCAUGUGCAGGCUAUUCCUAUUUUCGAGAAGUACCACGAGACCGAGGGGCUCAUAGCAGCGCUUUUGCUUGCAGGCAAGCGGGACGUUGCCAGGCCGCUGCUCCAGAAUAGGCUGGCGAAGCUGAUGGAUGAGCUAGCUGUGCAGGAGAUAGCGUGCGGCACAUACUUCGCGGGCACGCAGAAAAAGUGCAGCAGCUCGAUACCGCUUCUUAAGAUAGAGCUGGCCUCUCUUUCGUACGCAUACGGGGUGAUGGACCAGAGCAUAGAGCACCUUAAUAUUGCGUUUGGGCUUGUGAAAACGGCUAAGCACGCAAAUGCCCUGUGCAAGCAGCUUCUUGUAGCCGGGCGCGCCGAGGAGGCUCUUGCAAUCCUGGACGAGUGCAAGUUUGAAGUGCAGGACGUGGAAAUUCUUCUGACAACUGCAGUCUCUCUUGCACAGACCGGGAAGUGCAAAGAGGCUGAAAAGCUUCUCAACUACGGGCGAGUGUUCAAUCCAAAAAACGAGCGAAUAGACAUGGCGCUGCACAAUGUGCUUCUGAAGCAAGGAAAGUAUGAGAAGGGGUUGGACAUCCUCCUGGAGAAAGCCAGCACGUACAGCCGAAACAUCCCGGGCGACUGCCAUCUCCUUUUUAGCCUGGCGAUGGAGCUUAUACUAUAUAAAUACGCAUCCGACGCGAUAAAGUGCCUAUACAAGAAAACGGGGAAGAUGCCUGCGCAGUGGGUAGAUGACCUCUAUGCAGCAACAGAGAAGUGGGAAGACGCAAAAGAGGCGUUUCUGUCUGCUGUUAUCCACGUGAAGACGCUGGUCUUUGUCGAGCGAAUACUCAAGAUCCUAGAAAACAGUUCGGGGCUUCUGAACACGACUGAGUACUACGCCAGAAAGCGCGUGAUCGAAUACUGCAUACACAAAAGAGAGUAUGAGAUGGCCCAUGAGCAUCUGAAGAUAAUGAAAAGCCUGUCCUGCAAAAUAGACCAAGACCAGGACUUUGUUGACGUUGUGUGCGCUUUCUACAAGAGCCAGCAGUGCGGGUAG